AAUCGGAAGUGCGCUUGUCACGUGUUACAUCAUGGCGGCGCAGGCUUGAGAGUAGUGGAGCUACUUUCCGAUUUAUUUUCUGAGUAGUGCGCCUCCUUGGUACUAAAUUCUUUCUUUAAAUAGUAUAAUUUUAAAUAUUUAUAACACAAAUAAGCCGUAAACUGUUAUUUUUUAAAAGGAGCAACACGGAAGUCGGUGAAAAAAUCCGACCCCUCGUGGUGUUGGUCGUUUUUCUGGUCGGAGUGGUGAAGGGAUCGGAGAUGUGCACCCAGACGGAGGCAGCGGCCGUCAUGGCCAACAUCCCGCAGGUGGACAUCGACCCGUCCGGAGUGUUUAAAUACGUCCUGAUCCGAGUUCACAGCCGGGAGGAGGGAGACGACUCGGAGGUGGACAUAGUCCGAGGACACGGCUGGGCCGAGUACCACGCUGAUAUCUAUGAGAAGGUUUCGGAGGAGCUGGAGAAAGAAGGCCUUCUGGACUGCGAGUGUAUCGGAGGAGGGAGGAUCAAACACGAUGCCCAGUCCAAGAAGAUCCAUGUUUACGGAUACUCCAUGGGAUUUGGAAGAGCAAACCACGCAGUGACCACGGAGAAACUGAAGGCUCGGUACCCGGACUAUGAGGUGACCUGGGACAAUGACGGCUACUGACAUGAACCGGAGACACAUUUUGCUGCACUUUUCUCAUUCUGGACUUCCUGUUGCCCCUUGUUAACCAUCGGAACACCUACUGUAGCGUAACUCGGUGUUUGAAAUUGUGACAUUACAUUUGGAAACACCUUGACUAUAACGGUUUGGCAGAUAAACAGUCACAGACUUGUUUUAGAGUCACACAGCCUCUUAGAUUUAACCUAAAAUCCAACAUAAAAUGAGCCUUAUUUGUUUUAUUUUUAUGUCUGUUUCAUAAAUAUUCCUGAAAAUCUU